UGAAGAAGGAGAUGGUGCAAGUUGAAUGCACCCCACAUCCGGUCCCAUACGGCCCACCGCGGUCACUUUCAAAACACAUUCGCUCUAGGUGGCCGUGCUUGGGCUCGGCUCGGCGGCCAAAACAAACUUCGUGUAGCAGACGACAGCAAACCAAGUAACCUAGUCGAAAUGAGUGGAAAUCCUUGCAAUUUCUCAGUAUUGCCAUGGCACAUCCCGAAGUCAAUUGAAAACUUUGUUCCUGAGUAUUCGCGCUUUUUCGUUUAUAACGAGUACAGCCUGUUCUUUGCUUGGCGUUCUAAUUUAUCACUUAUCUUAACCCUCCGUCGUGAUAAAGACGUUUUGUCAUCACAAAAACCACUACAAAGUCAGAUUAUAACAUCAACAGAGCCCAUCCUAGAUAUACUCCUCUUAGAUAACUUUAUUUAUUUUGUAAGUUCUAGUGGUCUUUUCCAAGUUUUAAGCUCAACUGGAAAAAAUAAUUCUGCUACAGUGUUGAAACAUCUGGACACUUGCAAGUCCUUUUCACUGAACACAGCUUUUAAUUUAUCAGCUGUGAAGAGGGUUUUAGCUGCGACCUCUAUACCAAAUCACUCUCUCCAGAAUGGCUUUGCCGUCAUUACUUGUGCACAAGACAAUGGGACACUUAACGCAGAAAUAUACUCUGUGUCUCAGAACAGCACAUCUCAAGUGGAUUCACACCUUGAGUUUUCAAGUAACAUCUACAGUGACAGAAGUCCUCUGGAUGCAGGAAGAUGCACCUGCCAUUUUCUUGAGCAAAGUCAAGCCACUACUCUUUUCAGUGAUUGUAAAGAUGCGGAUGUUCUUCUUGUUGGCCUGAGCUCCGGUCAACUUUUCUGCGUGCCUUUCCUGUUGACUGCUAAAAAGUUGGGGAUAAGGUUGUCUCCAAGACUGAUUUUCCAAUCCCAUUGGUCAAUCAUUGGACUCACAUACUCUCCAGAUGUUUCCAAUAUAUUUGUGUUCCUACAAGGUGGCACAGUUUUGAAAAUAUCACCUGUAUUAAAUAGGUCGAUGAAUUCAAAUAGUAUUCCACUGUCAUUCAACUCUUUCACACUGUCUCAUCCAGUGAAAUGCUAUUCUGCUCCCACAUGUGAACAGUUAAUAGUCUCAGAUGGCUUUAACACAAGUCUAAUCCACCUACUAGCACCAGAUCAGACUCAAGUUGAUAUGAUAUCUGUCAAAGGGAUUACUACAAUGAGUUCAGUUCUUGAGGACAAUCUUAUAAUUGCGUCAUCUUCUCACAGUAUAUUCUAUUUGCUGAACCCUGCAAGCACAUUGUUCAAAGAAGAGCAAAGUCACUUCCCCUGGGCAGGGUGUGACCUUGAUCUGUCACUGCAGCUUGUACAAGAAAUGCAGGCUCAAACAGCAAUCCUCUCUGAAGUAAAAAACAAGCUAAAAGAAGAAGAUGGCCUUAUUAAAGCACUGUCUUCAGUAUCAAGAUCUCCUCUUAUGGCCAAGUUUUUUACAAUCGAUGUCAAAGUAUUUGGCAAUCAUGAAGAACAAAGUGGGCAAAGCUCAGAGACAACAGAUUCUAAUGACUUUCUGGAGAAAACUUAUACAAAGUUUGUUAUCUCAAUUCAAAUUAACAAUAACUCACCUGAGGAUUUUCCCUCUUCACUCUGGAAGAUGAGUCUGGAGUUUCGAAGUGCAGAUGGUUUGGCAGCAACAAGGCAUAUUCCUCUUACAAGGACAUUUAGUAGUGAUUUUCCAUUUUGUGCCAGAUUUAACAUUCCAUUUGCGGUUGAAAUAUCAUCUUUACCCCUUGAAGUCAAAGCAUACCUUUUGGCCGAGAUCAAAGAAAAUAAAGAGAAAAGGGAAUGGCUAAAAAUGAGCCUUGCAACUGCAGUUUUGGAUGUGUCUCACUUUGUGUCUGCAUUCUCUCAGGCACCUCAAGUUUCAUGCAUAGAGGCAUAUGAUAUUGCAGAUUGUGUUAAUCAAAUUCAUUCACCCAUGUCUGGUUCUGAUUCUCAGACAGAUGAUCUUCAGGAAAGGUGUUUAGUUUCUUGUGUGAUCCCUGUCCCUGAAGAAUUCCGUCAGCACAGUAAAAUUGUUGAUAAAAUUUUGUCUAAUUGUACUCAUUGCAAUAGUGCCAUCAAGAACAAACAUUUUUAUGAACAAGGUGAUAAAACUGUUAUCUGGCUGAAGUUUUCACAUAAAACUCUGAAUAUUGUAUUAAGAAAGUCAUGUUCCUCUAUAACCAUAAGCAGUGCUCAUUUGGACUUCUUCCACUGUUUCAAGUUGCAUUUAACGUCUAUUUUCAAAGACUGCAAAUCUGAUUGUGACAAUGAACAUGAUGUUGCAUGUACUAAGGCUAAGAAUCUCAAUGCAGUACUGGAAACAUUAUCCCUUGAGGAAGCUCUGGACCACAAGAAGAUACUUGCCAUCUAUCAAGAUCUUAGAAACAAUGUAUCUCCUCAGAUGUACUGACACAUCGACUUAGAUGUAAGUUUUUGGGCAUUAAAGAAGUUUAUUAAAGAAGUUAUGGGGUUGGCGAGGUCUGUUCUCAGAUGCUCUUUUGGGAUUAAAUGAUUACCACAGAGAGAUUAGCAUAAAUAAACAGUCACGUUUAUUUUGAAAGAAAUA